AUGGCUGCAGAAGUACCUCGCAGACGCUAUGCUCUCAUAGGCACUGGAGGCCGUGCAUCAUUUUACUACACAAGCAUUGCCAAUGACUUCCAAAACACAUCGGAGCUCGUUGCUUUCCUGGACACCAACCAGACGCGCAUGAACCAUGCGAAUGAAGUCCUGAUAUCUCUGGGACACAAGCCGCUCCCAACAUAUCUACCAUCAUGCUUCGCACAAAUGGUCGCGGAGACCAAGCCAGAUGAAUUGAUCAUCACCACAAUAGACCGGACCCAUGUCUAUUACAUUCGGCUCGCACAUUCUUACGGGUUAAAUGUCAUCACCGAGAAGCCGAUGACUAUUGAUGUGCCAUCGAUCAGCGAGAUACUCAACUCAGUCCAUAGCACUGCAAAACGUGUUCGGGUGACGUUCAACUACCGGUAUGCACCUCACAAUACGAAGAUUUACCAACUGCUUUCAUCUGGUGCUAUCGGCAAAGUACACGCCAUCCACUUCGAAUGGAUGUUGAACACAUCUCAUGGAGCAGACUACUUCCGGCGUUGGCAUCGAGACCGUUACAACAGCGGUGGCCUUCUUGUGCACAAAUCGACGCACCACUUUGAUCUUGUCAAUUAUUGGCUGCAGUCGAGACCAGAGACAGUCUUUGCCAUGGGCGACCUCAAAUUCUAUGGGAAAGCAAAUGCGGAAAAGAGAGGAGUAUCCCGCUUCUACAACCGCAGCCACGGCCAUCUCAAUUCGAAUGCUAAGGACGACCCUUUCGCGCUCGACCUGUCAAGCAAUGCGACAUUGAAAAGUAUGUACCUUGACGCCGAGCAUGAGGAUGGCUAUUAUCGUGAUCAGAGCGUAUUCAGCGACGGCAUCAGCAUCGAGGACACGAUGAGUGUGAUGGUAAGGUAUCGAAGUGGCGCUGUCAUGACGUAUAGUCUGACUGCGUACUCACCACUCGAAGGCUUCAGAGUCAGCUUUACAGGAGACAAAGGCAGGUUGGAUGUUGAAGUGAUAGAGCGGAGUUAUAUCAAUGCGGGCGGUGAGCAGAGCAUGGAGGGUGCUCUGGAGAAGCAGUCUAUUAUUCUUCGACCCAUGCUCGGUGAGCCGCAGAAUAUCGAUAUUACCAGUGGAGAGGGCGGACAUGGUGGUGGAGAUCCGGUUCUUCUGAGAAGCUUGUUCGGCAACGAAGAUGGCGAGGAUGAGUUCAAGAGAUCGGCUUCGCACAUUGAUGGUGCGCUUUCGAUCUUGACAGGCAUAGCUGCGAACAAGUCGAUCAGCACUGGUAUGCCGGUAAAAGUGGAUGAUCUGAUCGAGGUCAGCUAG